GCGGCGAUGGUGGUGUGUGUGUGGUGAUGACUGAUCUUCCCUAUGACAGACCGCAGUUGUUGUCAUCUUGCAGCCCGUAGCUCUUUCCUGUUCCACCGUCUGCCGCACCCCUUUUUCCUUUUCUCCUGCCUCAUCCUCGGCAGGACACUCACAUUAGCACAGGCAAGCAAAGCAAACCAAAGCACACAAGCCACCACAGCUCACAGCUACAUACGCGCAUAUAUCUUUCUCUCUGUGUUGAUGUGAUUGUGCAGGGCCAGAUAGCCGCCUUAUCAGAGGGGAGGGGGGCCGCCAACCACCAGGCCACACCCACACCCACAUCCACAGCAGCCGACACAGUGCGUCUGAUAUUGGCCUGGAAUACCGACUCACCGGCAGCCAAGGAGAAGGCCAGGUCAGAGGUCAAGACUCUCGUCGGCGGGGCGAGUGUCGUGCUCAAGUUCGACCAGCUGCAAUCGCUCAACAUGGACAUCAUCACCGUGUCCAGGCAGGCCAGCGAGGAGGUCCUCAACGCGCUGAAAAAGAGCCCAGCUGUCAGCGUCAUCGGUAAAGGCGGGAUGAUUGAUGUCAUGGGAUGUGAUGUGAUGUGAUGUGAUGUGUGUGGACACUACAGACAGACAUGAAUGGAUGACCCACUAUAUGGCCAUUCUCUGCCUCUCUUUCUCCCCUUCUCUGUCCUUGUGUGUGUGUGUGUGUGUGUCUAGAGGUGGACAUGCCCGUGUAUGCCGUGAGGGGUGAGCAGGAGGAGGCCGCUGCUGGUGGUGGUGAUGCUGUCAGUGCUGCAGGCGGUGGUGGUGAUGAUGGCGGUUGGAUGAGGCGGAUGGAGAGAGAGGGAGAGGUGCCUGUGGUCAGGGCGCACGAGGCGCACCCCCAGCACAAUGAGCUGCUGCUGCUCAGGAGGCAAUGAAUCAAUGGGGGAGGGGACAAGGGCGGGGGGUCGCUCGGUCUGUACGUAUGGGUUAGAUUUUUAUCUCUGUCUGUCUGUCUGUCUGUCAAGAAUAAUUAACAGAGAGAUAGGACAGAAGGAGAAAAAGAGAGAGGGUUCAGAGAGUGUUUUUUGUUGUAUAUGCCGCAUGAGGCGAGUGCGUGUGACACCGGCUCGCAGCGUGGAUGCAAGUGUGUCUGUCUGCAGGCGUGUUGCGUGAACCGUUCGUCGCAUGCAAUGCAUGAGCCUGUGUGUACUGUAUUGUAUUGUAUUGUAUGUAUGUCGUGCGUCUCUUUUCGGGCCUUUUGUCCCUCUAAACUCUCCCUCCCUCCCUCCCUGGCCCCCUCCCUGCCUUCGUUCCUAUGUGCGUGGCGCGUGAGCGUCUCUCUCUGCGUGUCUUUUUAUGUGAGAGUACGUGCCUGCCAUCGCAAUCUUAGUGUGUCUCUGCCGGUGCCGGUCGGGUGCUCUGCUCGCCAGGUGUUUGUGUGUAAGGGGGGGUGGGCCGGGGUUUUUGAUAAGGGCCGAAGGGCGAGUUGAUGUAUGCCAUGGGGUGUGUCGGUAUGUGUGUGGAUGUGAUGUGUGUCGCUCUGACACGCUUUGCGAAUCGUCUGCCAGCAGCUUUGCUGCGGCUGGGAGAUGAUUCGCUCCGCGUGUCGGCGCGGCACCGACAUACACACGUGGAGAAAGGGAGAGAAAGAGAUGACAAAUUGAGCAAGGACAGAAGGGAUAAGGCAUUUUGUGCCUGCCAGUGCAUGCCGAUCCCUCCCUCCCUCAGUUGGAUAUGAUACCUUGGUCACGUAUGUCUUCGCUGUCUUGCUCUCGUGCAUGUGCAUGUGAGGCCACCAGCUGUGUGGUGCGCCGCUGCUGGCGCGGUGGUCUGCCAUCGUGCUGCCAGGGUGUUCCUACGCACUCCUGCGUGGCAAGAUGGCACCUGCUGAGGCAGCAGCAGCGGCACAGCACACAGCCAUACAUGGCCAGACGACACGUAUGUGCACACACUCGUCAGGGCGAUGGCAUAAACGAACGGGAUAAAGGUAUUGGUUGGUGCUGGCUGGUGGUGUUGGUAUUUUGGUCUUUCCUGCCUGCCUGCCAGCUGCCUGUCUGUGUAUGUGUGUAUGUGUAUUUAAGUACGCCAGACAGACAGAUAGACAGACAGACCGAUCGAUGACCGAUGGAUCGCCAUGGAUGGACAUAUAGAUAUAAUAUACGGUGUGUGUGCACUCACUGAGGGUGACUUUCCCUCUCUCUCUAGCUAUGGAUCUGUCUGUCUGUCUCUAUGCGAUCGCUUUGUGUUCGAUCCUGUGUGUCUGCCAAAUGAAAUGAAUUCAACCCACCAA